AUGAAUGCCACCCGUGGGGAGAAGGGCCAGCUGCAGGAAGGCGGCCCUGAGUGCACCACCCUCCACACCCCGGGCGUAUUGGAGAUGCCAGGCCCGCGGGAAGAGCGGGCCAGUGUCAAGAAAGCCAAGUCACCCUUGCAGGGCUCAGAGGGAUCAGGACUGUCCAUCUUGGCACACAACUUCCUGCAGGCCUGGCAGGGCAACGUGAUGGAGGGCAAGUCAGUUGGAGGAGCUAAGCGCACCGAAUACCAGUGGUACAAGAAGUUUAUACCGAGUGCCCUCGGGCCGCCACCCCUACGAGUUCGGCAGUUCUUCGGUCUUAGAACCUGAGCCCCUCACCAGCCAGUAUGUGGAGCAGAUUUCGAGACCUUUGAUUUCAACAAGGACGGCUACAUUGACUUCAUGGAGUACGUUGCUGCACUCAGCCUUGUCCUCAAAGGGAAGGUGGAACAGAAGCUGCGCUGGUACUUCAAGCUCUACGACGUUGACGGCAAUGGCUGCAUUGACCGGGAGGAGCUGCUCACCAUCAUCCGGGCCAUUCGAACCAUUAACCCCUGGAGCAAUCCUAGCAUGAGUGCAGAGGAGUUCACAGACACCGUGUUCGCCAAGAUCGACAUCAAUGGAGAUGGGGAGCUCUCUCUAGAGGAGUUCAUGGAGGGUGUCCAAAAGGACCAGAUGCUUCUGGACACGCUGACACGAAGCCUCGACCUCACCCGCAUUUUGCGCAGACUCCAGAACAGCGAGCUGGACGAGGCAGGGGCCGGUGAUGGGGCGGCGGAGGCCGCAGGCUGA